AUGGAGUAUAACAACACUUACUUGGACGACCAAGAGUUGACCCAUUUAAACCAACAACAAGGUCACAAUGGCGUUGGAGAGCAUCAUUACAACGAGCAGUCGAUACCGACUGCCUCAGAACGAGCCCCUCCUCAACUGACUACACAUCCUGUUGUUGAUGAGGAAGAGCUUUUAGCCGCUCAAGCGGCCGCUGAUGCGGCAGUUGCCCAACAACAAGCUCAACCGCAGCCUGGAGGAGUUUUUGGAAAUGUUGGCCAGGGGUUGACAGGUAAGAACAGAGAAAUGUUGAUGCAGUAUUGGCAGGAAACAAUUGACUCCAUCGAGAAUGAUGACCAUGACUUCAAGAACCACCAGUUGCCCUUGGCCAGAAUCAAGAAGGUGAUGAAGACGGAUGAAGAGGUGAAGAUGAUCAGUGCUGAGGCCCCUAUCCUAUUUGCCAAAGGGUGCGAUGUCUUCAUCACCGAACUAACAAUGCGAGCAUGGAUACAUGCCGAAGAGAACAAGCGCAGAACACUUCAAAAAUCAGACAUUGCCGCUGCAUUAACCAAAAGCGACAUGUUUGACUUCCUUAUUGAUGUGGUGCCCAGGGAAGAGGAAAAACCUAAAAAGUCAUUCCUGGGCCUGUCUCGAGGUGGCAGCUACGUAGCUACUACUUCGCAGCCACAAAUGCACCAGUUUUCGCAGCCGCUGAUGCAUGUCUCCCAAAUUCGUGGCCCAGGUAACCCACCCGUUCCUGCUCCAGUAGAAGCAUCGAUUGGACAGAAUACACAACUGCCAGGUAACCUGGGACUGCCUCUUCAAGGCGUUCCUCACUUGCCUCAGAUAAGGCUGCCCCAGAACCAGCUUCCGCCCCGUCCAAUAUCUGACAACGACAAGGGGGACGCCCGUGAGCUUCAACAUCCGGUCCCACCGCUCGACGACAUGAGAAAUCCUCAAGACGAAGGAGUGAAGCAGGAGGAGAAUGAGGAAGGGUCGGGAUAUAACUUCGAGAACUACCAAUCUUACGAAACCGGUUACUAG